UACAUAGCGGGCUACUUGGGCCGACUUUAGACAGUAGUCAGUCGCUGGCCAAGCAGCACCAGCCAUGACCGGGGGCGACGACGGCGACCCACUUCGCAAGCUCGAGCAGAGCGGGCACGUCGAGUGCCUUCUAGAAGCUCUCGGGAAGGAUCUGCCCGACUCUGUGCAUGUUUUCAACAGAAUCUCAACGCACCUCCGCUGGCGCCGUCAGGGCCUCGGGGGCGACGUGCAGGUCGACUUCUAUCGGGGUGCCGACGAGGGCGACGCCACGUCCGGCCCAACGACUGCCGUCAGCAUCAUGCGAGUGGAGGGUAUGGCCCCCAGGGUAGCCGUGCACACCACGGACCCGUCGUGCGACGCCCUGCACCGCGUGCUCGCCGCCUCCAAGCACAUCCCCUGGAGCGAGCCCUUCCUCUUCGAGAGCGUGCACGAGCGCUGCACCCCGGCCGUGCUGGCGGAGGCGCGCGCGCGCGGACAGGUGGCACCGCUCGUGUGCCCCACGGACAAGAUGCUGCUGCCCAAGGACGAGGGCCUGCGACUUCAAGUGGGAGACCCCGGGCCCGGUCUGAGGCUGCGCGCCCUCGAGCCGCACCACGCCAAGGCCGUCAACGACAAGUGGAGCUACGCGAACCCCGGGUCCGAGAGGAUGCUGGCCAAGACCAUCGAGAGGAACUCGGGCCUGUCCUGGGGCGUGUUCACCGAGGACGAUCCCGAGGGUGAUCCCGUCUCCUUCAUCCUGGGGGGAGCGUGGACCGGCGGGCUGACUGUGCUGUUCACCACAGAGCCGUUCCGACGACGCGGGCUGGCCGAGCUGGUGACGCGGGCCGCCUGCCGAGCCCUCGCCGCCCGCCACGGGCUCGACGCGCACUGCAACGUCGACGUCCCCAACGCGGCGUCGCGCGCCACGCUGGCCAAGUGAUAUCGAUGGUCGUGGUGACUAUCGAAAAUCACGGAUGUCGCACACCAAUCUGCACGCCAUAAGAUUUGACAUGGUUUAUCACGUGCAGCGGCGGCGGCACUGACGACGACGGCGCGUUCUCCGCGGCUCACAAGUUGGGUAAUUUCGCCUCGACUCUGGAGCAGAGCAAGGGCUGUGCUUGGAGCCGCUCCGGUCGGGCCAGAGCGGGACGACUCUCUGAUUGCGCUCGGCCCGAGAGCAGAGCGAGAACAAUCGUGCCGGAGCCGCCGGAGCCCGCCGCUGCGCUCAUCAAACGCCAUAUCACUCGCCAGAAACAUUUCUCGCUCACAAACAAGCCAUAGGUUUGGAAAUUCCGAAACAUUUUCCGGAAAACUCCCGAAAACUUUCCGAACAUUUUUCAAAAAAAAAAAAAAAAAGCUUCCGCGAAAAAAAUCCGAAAAUUUUCCUGAAAAUUUCCAGGGUUUUCCAAUCCUGUACGAGCAAGCGCUCGUGGACAAAUGUAGCGUGGCCUGCGCUUUGGGGGCGAGGUUAGGCCCUCCGUUCCGUCUCUGAAGUGGUCAGGUCACCGAGGAGUGGCGGAGCGUGGCGGCGGCGCAGGGCGAGACCGCAACCUGGUAUCCAGCCAUCCAUCCAGGCAUCCUUCAGGCAUCCAGCACAGCCAUCGGGCCGCCUGAGCCCCGCGCAGCCCGCGCGCAAGGCGUUGGAGUUUCAAGUGCGCGAAACCAGCAAAGCGCUAACUCUCUCUCUCUAGCACUCUCACCUACGUUAGCGUGUUUAAAAAAAAUGACAUAUGCUUGAAUGGACUGUGUUGGAAAAAUCAGACCUCGAUCUGAAUUUGUGCCAAAUUUGAGACCUGUCCGAUGAGGGAAACCAUCCGCGCCUCACCGCCAAAUUAGUGCCACUUUUCAGGUGAUAAAGGUUACUUUGUGUGGAAUUUCAUACCUGCCCGCGUGAAAUAAUAAUGAAUAAUUAAAGGGGGCGUUAUAAAUGUCUCUCUCCGAUCUGAAAUUUGACACAAAGUCAUCCUGACUGCGACUGUGUGUGACAUUUAAGACAUUUCUUUGUUAAAUGGGACACAAAAACUUGGCGGGAGAGGCGCGGAUAGUUCCCAUCAUCGGAGAUGUCUCAAAUUUGCCACAGAUUCAGAUCGAGUCAUGAACUUGCAACUUGCAAAUAAAGUCCAUUCAAGCAUGUCAUUUUUUUUAAUUUUUUUUAAACACCCCAACCUACGUCGUCGUCGUCCUCUCCCCCCCCCCCUCUCUCACUCUUCCUCUCACACACGCACUCUCUCUCUCUCUUCUCUCACUCACUCGCUCGCUCGCUCCGGUUAGCGCGAUCCCAGCUCUGCGGACACCCGACCGACUAUCGGCCGAACGGUUGUUUCCCGACCCCGCGCGUUUUCUGGAGUCGCGGCCAGAAGUGCGCCACACGCAAAAUGGGUACUGUUACAGCCCAGCGGCUGGGCUGGGCGGGGCGGGGUGGAGCCGGCGGAGUGCCGCCACAGGCCAUAGGCCUCCUACUGCAGGGCAAUCAUGUCCAAAAAGCGCGGCGGGCUACACACCGCUCCGCACGGCACGUCCUGCGCUGGAGGCUGCUAAAGGCUACUGGAGAGGUAAAAGGAGGCUGAAGGAGGCUCCUGGAGUGGUACUGCACGCUUAAAAGUGCAGGUCGUGUAAAUUCUGGAAUGUGGGCGGUCGCGACCACCGUGGUCGCGGUCACUACCACUGCGGAGUAAAGACGACCAAGUGAAAUUGUC